GUGCUAGUUGGCGAUCCAAAGUGUGGGAAGUCUUCGUUGGUGUUAACCUACCUAGCACAAAGAUAUACUCAUCCAAAGGGUUUAUCACCCGUUGACACUUAUGAAAAGGUGAUCCAUUUCAACAAUUCCCAGCCCGUUAACCUCCAAAUAUGGGAUAUUCCAGGUGAUGAGGAGUAUGACAGAUUCAGACCAUUGGCAUAUACAGGCGCCAAAGGGGUGUUAAUAUGUUUCAAUUUGGAAAUGCCUGGAACAUUUCAAAGCAUUCAGUUCAAGUGGAUCCCGGAACUUGAAACGCAUUGUCCCGCAGCUGAGAGAAUCAUCGUUGGCAUCGGCUCUCACUUGAGAUCAGAUCCCAAAAUGGCACAUGGACUCCCUUCAGUUGAGUACUGUCAGCAGUAUGCAUCCAGCAUUGGAUGUAAAUACAUGGAGUGUUCCUUGUUGAACAAUAGAAGCUAUUCACGAAUCUUUGAA